AUGACUGAAACUAUUAACCAUAUUUUCAUGGUUCUGAAGCAAGUACUAGAACACUUCUGGACCAAUUUUUUUUUGGAUAUUUACCACACAAACCAGCAAAACAUACUAAUCAGAUCUCUCUCGUUAAAGAAGCAAAAGGGAGAUUCUAGUUCUAAAAAGAGGUCUGCAAAUAAGGCUCUGGACGACAGCAGCUCAGCUAAAAGACCUGCUAAUGUAUCUAGACAAGAAGGGUCAAGCAGUGGUACAGGAGAAAAAGACUUUCAGUCUUUGAUUGUGGAGAAGCUCCGUGCCCUUCUCAAGGAGAAAGGCCUUCCAACAAAAGGAAGAAAGGAUGAGCUCAUUGCGCGUCUGAAGGAUGCCAACUGAAGAUUGAGCAAACGCUCUUGUUAAUGAAUAUAUAUAUAUAUAUAUAUCUUCAGAGGUUUUCUGUUAGGCAAAAAAAGUGAUGAAAAUUAUUGUUGUUCUCUGGUUUUGGCUUUGAGACUGUAGUGGUAUAAACCAAAUGUGUAAUGGUUGAUAGUUUAAUUCCCAUAAAAUAAUUAAUACUACAUUACAUAUAUAAGUAUUGUAUGAAUUUUGUAUGUAAUUUGGACUACGAACAUAAUAUAAUAUCGAGCAAAGGAGAAUAAGGCAAAACAAGAUUUGACCCGCAACUGAGAAGUAUAUAAUUUCUCCAAAAAAAUUUAAGAAUAACGUCUACUUCUAGCAUCAUCAUAAGCAAAAGGUUUGAUUAGUUUAAAAAAUCGUGUAACUCAAAAGCUAUGAAUAUCUUUAGACGGUGAAAAUGACAAAAUGAAAUUGUGAGAUCGAAGUAUACAGAGAUAACACGUUCAAUAUUCUUAUAAUGGCACUUCUUUUUGGUAUUUGUCCUUCAUAAAGACAAAUAAUAGUCUGUCAAAUCAAAGGAAGAAGAGAGUGAUCUUGAGCGAUACAUCUGAUCAAUUUUUUUAAUAAGUGGAGACUUGUCGUAAUGGUUAUGAAAUUAUUGGAUCCAAUCCUCUAGCUGGCGCCGUUUUUAUGUCACUAUGUGAGCAGGUGGCUCACAUCAAUCUCCCAUAUUUUGCAUAUGAGUUAAUUAUUAAUGUAGUUUUUUUUCAUAUUUCAUAUACAAAUUUACCAAUAGUUUUGAUGCAUCGCUCUUUUUAACCUAUGCAUGCACUUGUGACUCGAUCUUAUUAUAUAAUACAAAAGUUCUUUGUAUUUUCAUGCCAUAUACUUUAAAAUAUUAAUUGUGUCA